AGCACCAUCACGGUCCAAGCCACAGCCGCUUGUUUCACUGUAAGACUACAUGCUGUCUCUACUCUCAUGCCGCGUCUUGGCUGCCACUAUAGCAUGGCUCUCUUUUGGAGCGAUAACAACACGUACCACUCGCUAGCCAUGGGCUGGUAAAACAGUAUAUAUACUGCGGCAACAUGGUUGCUCAAUGCCUCUUCAGCCUCUCGCUUCCUUCCGAUCCUUUCGUUUGAUACAUUCGCUACAUUGACAGCCAUGCGUCAAUCUUCCCGCACGGCCAUCGCUGCCCUUGCAGCGGCCUCUGCUGCCAACGCCGCGUCCCUCACCGACCUCUGCACCGUCGACAACAUCCAGUCUGCCCUUCCCGCUAACGGCACCCUCCUCGGCAUCGACCUGCUCCCGGACACUGUCUCGGCCAACGCCGUCUACAAUGCCACCACUGCUCCCUCGAUGAUGUCCUCUAGCGGCUCUGACUCGAACACCUACAACUACUGCAACGUCUCGGUCUCGUACACGCACACUGGCAAGAACGACCGCGUCGUCCUGCUCUACGCUUUCCCGGCCCCCGCCGACUUCAAGAACCGUUUCUACCUCGGCGGCGGCGGCGGUUUCUCCCUCAGCAGCGACACUACCGGCGGUUUCAAAUAUGGCGCCGUCUCCGGUGCUACCGACGCCGGCUACGACGCCUUCAACAACAGCUACGACGAGGUAGUGCUGUACGGCAACGGCUCUAUCAACUGGGAUGCCACGCACAUGUUCGGCUACCAGGCCUUGGGCGAGCUGACCCAGGUCGGUAAGGCCAUGACCAAGGGUCUCUACUCCACGGGCGACAAGAAGAUCUACACUUACUUCGAAGGCUGUUCUGACGGUGGCCGUGAGGCCAUGAGCCAGGUCCAGCGCUGGGGUGAGGAGUACGAUGGUAUCGUUGCUGGCGCGCCGGCUUUCAGAUAUGCCCAGCAGCAAGUCAACCACGUCUUUUCCUCGGCUGUUGAACACACGCUGGACUACUACCCGCCUCCUUGCGAGCUCUCCAAGAUUGUGAACAUGACGAUCGCGGCCUGCGACCCGCUCGACGGGCGCACCGACGGCGUCAUCUCCCGCUCGGAUCUCUGUCAGCUCAACUUCAACAUGAACAGCACCAUCGGCGAGCCCUACUACUGCGCGGCCAAGAACAGCACAUCGCUGGGAUUCGGAUUCGGCAAGCGCGCUUUGACUUCGGGCUCGAGCACCAGCUACACGCCCGCGCAAAACGGAACUAUCUCGGCCAAGGGUGUCGCGGUGGCGCAGGCCAUCGUUGACGGCUUGCACAGCAGCGAGGGCAAGCGCGCCUACCUGUCCUGGCAGAUUGGGUCAUCGUACGGCGACACUGCGACGACGUGGGAUGAGGACAGCAAGAGCUGGCAGCUCAGCAUCCCGUCGACUGGCGGCGAGUACGUGACCAAGUUUGUGCAGCUGGUGGACGUGGACAACCUCACGACCAUGGAUGGCGUGACUUACGACACGCUGAUUUCGUGGAUGGAGACAGCCAUGGUGCGCUACGGCGACACGCUGCAGACGACGGAGCCCGACAUCUCGGCGUUCAAGGCGCACGGCGGUAAGCUGCUGCACUACCACGGCGAGAGCGACAACUCGAUCCCCGCGGCCAGCUCGGUGCGGUACUUUGACAGCGUGCGCCAAAUCAUGCACCCCGGCAAGGGCUACAACGAGUCAGUCGAGGCCAUGGGCGACUGGUACCGCUUCUUCCUCGUCCCCGGCGCGGCGCACUGCAGCUCCAACUCGCUGCAGCCCAACGGGCCUUUCCCCCAGACAAACAUGCAGACCGUCAUCGACUGGGUGGAGAACGGCGUCACGCCGCAGCGCCUGAACGCCAGUGUCACCGCCGGCCCGUACAAGGGCGAGACGCAGAUGCUGUGCUCGUGGCCGGAGCGCCCGCUCUGGACCAAGGGUAACGCCAACGGCACCCAGUUUGAGUGCGUGUAUGACCAGGAGAGCAUUGACAGCUGGACGUACACUUUUGAUGCGUUCAAGGUCCCGGUUUACUAGUGGAGGUGAGAUGCCUGGGUGAGGAAGCUGUGUGGGAGAGGGUGUGAGAGAGGUUGUUUUUUCUUGUGUAUGAUGGAUGCUUAUGUAGAUAGGUGUGUAUAUGAGUUUCGUACAUCUCGGGUAUUGCUUGCGAGGACCUAUUUGCAUGUGAUUCGAAGCUGUUUUGGAUUGCAUCACGUAAG